GUCACAAUCGUUGCAAUUGCCGUUAGAAGUGAUAGUGGCUUCGAUAGUGAUUUUGAUUGCAGCGAUCAAAGUAGGCGAAGAUAUUAGUUUUCACCGCUGGAUCAAUUCGAUAACAAUGUGGAUAAUAAACACGUUGCUCAUUUUGGUUGUGUCCUUUCUACAUCCAUUAGUUGUUAGAUGUCAACAGAGUUCGACUCCCGUACCGUGCAAUAGUUUUUUUGGAUGUAUUUCUCACUUAGAAUGUUCACAAGAUGAAUAUUGGGCAUCUGGUGUUUCACUGAACGGGUGCUGUCCAGGAUGCGUGCGAGGAUUAGGACUAGACGAUGUGGGAUGUGAUGAACAGAAUCCGUGCGCGCCUGGUUUGUUAUGUGGAAAAGGCGGAAUUUGCAGAAUAAAUACUACAAACUGCCUGGCCACGAAACACGUUCCACAGCACGUACAGUGGAAGCCGACUUGUGACUCCCGGGGACAAUUCCUGCCGAAGCAGUGUCGAGGAGAUGAGCUACUGGGACGUUGCUUCUGUUAUUCGGCAACGGGUAGGCGAAUCUUUGGUUGGGACUGGAUGGAUAAGGCAGACAAAAUGACCUGUGCAUGCAGCCGCAACCGAUCCGACCUGGAAGCAAACGGAAGAACCGACGUGACCCUUCACUGUACUGCUAAUGGGAAUUUUGAAGAGCUGCAGUGCGACGGUGGCGUGUGCUGGUGUGCCAAUCCGGCAACCGGUGAACCUUGGCCAAAGGUUCCCAUUGUUUUGCCGGCAAUGUGGAAGAAAUUACCCUGCUACAAUCGUACUCGGCACGGAGAUCAAUACCUGCGGCAAUGCGAAAGUGAACAUUUCGCCCAGAAAUUGCUGCAAAGUAAAUUCGUUUUGCAUGGCCACAGGAAUGUGUCAUAUACGGAUACCGUCUGUGACUACGACGGCAGCUACGGGCGGUACGAAAUUGAACGUGGCAUCGCAUAUUGCACCUGGCGAGAUGGGGAACGCAUAGAACCAUUCCUAACCAGCAGCCUGAAGUUAAGCUCUUUGAAUUGCAAUUGUGCACGUGAUCAGAAAAUUUUCACUGAGGCCGGUCUCGAGAUGGUACUUUUGUGUGAAGGCAACGGCAACUACCGAACGCUGCAAGAUCGGAACGGGGAGCUGUUUUGUGUCGAUCGGGAUGGAUUCGAGGUAGCCACACAACAGAAAGUCACAUCAGAAGAGGAAUGCUACCAGUAUAUGUUUUUAUGAAGUUUUAGUUUCAACAAGAAUGGAAUUUGGAAAAUUAUGUAUUGUUUCAGCUCGGUUUAAAUAUUAUUCAUCCAAAAUGAAAACAGUUUGCAUAAAUAAAAGUGAAUACGAGAUCUGUUCAAAAAGUUCCCGGAAUUUUUUAAUUGCGCGCGUCUGGAGAGUCCGGUGGUCAAAAUUUUGUUUUAUUGGGUUAGUACAUACGUCCCUAAUGUAUGGUGAAAUUUUCAGCUGUAUUCAUUGUUUACAUUCUGUCUUGUAGCGGCUGGUGUAGACGUGUUUUUUUGAGCUCGGCAAUUUUUGUUAGUUUAAACAAUGGAAGAAUUGAAGAGUCAAAGAAUUUGUAUUACAUUUUGUGUGAAAAAUGAAAUAAAGUGUAACCAAGUAAGCGAAAUGUUACAGAGAGCCUACGGUGAGUCUGCUAUGAAAAAAAACAAGUGUUUGCGAGUGGUAUAAGCUUUUCCAAGAUGGCCGCGAAGACGUUGAAGACGACGAACGCUCCGGUCGACCCAGCACGUCAAUAAUCGAUGAAAAUGUGGGAA